AUGAGCCUUCCAUCCCUCAAGGAAUAUCACAAGGGGCCCUAUCCUGCCAUCUCACCAACUCUUCCACAGCUUGACCAAUCGGGAAAGACAGUCGUCAUCUCCGGCGGUAGUUCCGGAAUCGGAUUUGCCAUUGCGCGAUCAUUCGUAGCAGCCGGGGCUGCACGGGUCAUCAUCCUUGGCCGGCGUCGAGAUGUAAUUGAGUCUGCCGCGGCUACCCUCAAUAAUGAAUCCGGCCGGCAAGCCGCAGAGGGUAGAAUGGUCGAUGCCUACAGUCUCUCCGCCAUCGAGGAGCUCUGGUCCAGCUUGCAUGCCCAAGGCGUCUACGUUCACGUUCUGGUAUUGAGUGCAGCAGCCUUCGGUAACAAGUCCCCCAUUCUGGCCAACACGGUUGAGGAUACUUGGAAGGAUUUCGAGGCCAACGUGCGUGCCCCAUUGGCCAUGGCUGUUGGGUUCUGGAACCAGAAGACGGGGAAUGAGAAACGGUUUCUCAUUAAUGUCUCAACCAUUGCAGCAUACAUGUGGUCGACCAUGGGUCCGGAUCGCCCGACAUAUGGCCUGACCAAGAAUGCAGGCACGGCCCUCCUCCAGCAGAUUGCCAAGGACACAAAUCCCGACAGCAUGCAGGUUGUUAGCUUCCACCCUGGAGGUGUCCUUACCGAGUCGGCACGCAGGGAGGGCUACGCUGAUAGUGGCUUUGAUUUUGACGACGAGAACCUUCCCGGGAACUUUGCCGUAUGGGCUGCGAGCCCAGAGGCUACCUUUCUGCAUGGACGCUUCGUCUGGGCCAACUGGGACGUGGUGGAGAUGAAGAAUGUCAUUGGGCCGCGUGUUGAGGAGGACGAGCAUUUCCUGAAAGUGGGCAUCGAAGGUCUCUCGGAGAAGGAUGGCGGUGCGAGGUUCUAG